GAAGGCGCAGCCGAGUCGGCGAAAUACUGGAGAGUUCCUCCCUCUGUCGUAUUGCUGCGAAAUGAUGAGAGAGUUUCUCCCUCUGUGAGACUUUUUUCCCCUUACCCCGUAGAGAGGAUUAUCUGUCCUCCUCCGGGGUGUGUUAGUGUUUUUGCGGAAAGUUUAAGAUCGGGCUUAAAGUUCCCUCUUCCUCGCAUAAUUACUGAGUAUUUGCGUGACUGGGGAUUAGCCUUAUGUCAGAUUGCUCCCAAUACUUGGAAACGAGUAAUAGGAUUGUUAGUUUUAUUUGCCGAGAAGGGAUGGGAUUUGCCCUCGGUAAAAGAAAUGAGGAGUAUGUUUACUUUUAGAAAGGGUGCAAAUAGGCAAGUAGUGGACCCGCUUCUGUGUUUCUUCAUUUUUGGAAAGCCUCAGCCGAGAGUUAUGGUCGGGGAAUUGAUAACCGAGGUCCCUAACACUCUUCAUGGAUUUCAAGAGGAGUGGUUAUGGGUUGGUGGGGAAUGGGAGUGCUCUGACUUUCUGAAUGAUCCUUUAGUGGAUGAAAAAACCAUCCCAAUGUCUCUUAAACCCGCUUAUCGUAAGUUUUUCUUCUCCCUUUAUUUCCGACUGGCCAAAGCCAAGUAUGAAGAAGGGCUCGAGGCAGGCAAGAUAUCGGAGAAGAGAUCCGAUGAUGAGUACGAAAUAAAGGACAAGGACCUUGAGCUGAACGCAUGUGUGACCCUUCCUUGGGUAAUUGAUCGCAUGGAUGGUAGUGUUUACACGAUUGAUGAGUUGCGAAUUUUCUUGUUGGAAAAAUUAGAGAAACAUGGAUUGGAUUUCGAGAUUAAGAGCGCACAUAUGCCAGCAGACGAACACGAGAAGGAGUUUGCUGAAAAAUUACUUAUGCAUAACGAGGCCCAAGCGACCGAAGCAGAAAUCCCUCCUCUCUCUGAAGAACGGAGAGCCGCAAUUCAUUGUGCUUUUGUUAACAUGGUGCUUGAGCUCGAAAAGGAGAAGAAGUUGGAGCUGGCCGAUAUUUGCGUUGAUGUUGUGGCUAAAGCUUUUAUUGAACAAGAGCUGGAAAAUAUAUCACCGGAAGAAUUAAUUAAUGCCAUCACAGCUUUCGCUUUGCACAAGGUGGCCAAAGAAGAUGCUAAGGCCAUGGGUUGGGUUGUCGGAUAUGUGGCCCCUGAGGAAAACGAGGUGAUUACUUACCAAGAUGACGUGGUCCUAAUCACUAAAGAGGGCGUCUUAUCAGCUGUUAAGAGGAAGGAGAAUGAGGUCUUCGAGCAUAUAA